GAUCUGGCAUGAAUACGUAUUAAGCUACAUCACAUAAUCCACACGAAAGUCCGCGUUGGACCAUUAACUGUGUAUACAUCACAUUAAAUGCACUACACCAGUGACGUAUGGCAAGAUGGUGGCCGUAGUACAAUGAUGAUAAAGUGGCAAUAGUAGAUAUUCGCAUUAUAACGUGAAUCGCGUAACCACACCAAGGCUUAUUGUGUUCCUUGCAUACGUACAUUUAUUUUAGGGAAAUGAAGGUUCGUUUGUAUUGUUGAACGUUAGAGAGGAAAAAAUCAGUGUAAUUUGACCUUGCAUUCUUGUGACAUGCAAGUGCUUAAUUAUCUAGUAGCUUUUGCUGUUGUUCUCUACUACAUUUUUUUCUUUCGUUGCUGCCCUUAAAUUGUGGGUUGACUGUAUGAACAUUCAUAACAACGAUUCUUUAGCUGCAGAUGCAGUUUAAAGUGGGUAAAAAUGUUAUGAGUCAUUGCAUUAGGUAAAUUGAACCAGAUGAUCCAACAAUUUACUAUGUCUACAUGUGAAGAGGAUCCAUCAAUGUCAGGAUUUCAUCAGCUCAGUGUUACAAUUGAAACAGCAAGUUUGAAAAGUUCUUUUUUUUUAAAACCUAAUCCGUACAUAGAAUUAUCAGUGGAUCAUAAAAGUCCACGAAAAACUGAAGUAUCUAAGUCAACACUACAACCAAAAUGGAAUGAAGAAUUUACAGUUUUAGUAACACCAUACUCUUAUCUACAUUUUCGUCUUUUAGAUCACAGUUCUUUUCGUAAAGAUACAUUGAUUGGUGAAAAAAAAAUCUCUCUUUAUAAUGUUUUAUCAAACUAUAAUGGCAAAUUGGAAAAUUUAGAGCUUACUCUAGACUUAUUGUCAGGAAAUCAACAUGGGUAUAUUCAACCUAAAACUGGUGAUUUAAUCACCUUGUUUGAUAGGCUUAAAAUUGACAUGAAUACUGUUGCUCCUCCAUUUCAUCUACGACAUGAUCACCCUGCUUUUGGUAAUACAAGUCAAAUGUCUGUAUCGCCACCUUUUCAUCCAACCACCGUACCUCUUGAUGAUGGUGUCAGAGCUCGUAUGCGAUCACAAGGUACAGAAGAUGUAGUGCCUUCUAUGAUUGUUCAACCAUUGAUGUAUCGUAAUUCAUCAAAUAACUUUCAAGACUGUAACAGUGCUGGUCAAUCAGAUACUGAGCCAAGUAGUAGUAGAGCUAUAGCAGUAUAUACUCCUUUUUUUUCAAAUGGUACUACCAGCAGUGAUAACAAUGGCACAGCAGGUGACAGCGUAUCACCAGAAACAAGUUUUUUACCAUUGGUUCAACCACCUGCACAGCCAUGUUCCUCUAAUAUAACUAACCAAGUUGAAAACCUACCUCAGGAGGAACCUCUACCGGCUGGUUGGGAAAUGAGACACGAUGUUUAUGGCAGAAGGUAUUAUGUUGAUCAUAAUACACGUAGCACAUCCUGGGAGAGACCACAACCUUUACCACCAGGUUGGGAAGUUCGACGAGAUAUGGGAGGACGAAUUUAUUAUAUAGAUCACAAUACAAGAAGUACUACCUGGCAAAGACCAAAUUCAGAAAGAUUGCAGCAUUAUCAACAGUGGCAGGGUGAGAGACAGUAUGUAGUUCAACAAGGAAAUCAACGAUUUCUUUAUCCACAGUCGCAUCAAGCUAUGGCAGCAGGACCAUUUACGUCAAUUGCCGAUGAAGACGAUGGUCUGGGCCCUUUGCCUGCUGGUUGGGAGCGACGAAGACAGCCGGAAGGUCGCGUAUAUUACGUUAACCAUAAGAAUCGUACGACGCAAUGGGAGGAUCCACGAACACAGGGUCAGGAAACAAUGGACGAGCCACCUCUACCGUAUGGUUGGGAGAUUCGGCUGACCGAGGAUGGUAUGCGAUACUUUGUCGAUCAUAACACGAGGACAACAACAUUCCAGGAUCCAAGGCCGGGUGUGCCUAAUGGACCAAAGGGAAUGUGUAGAGUGCCAAGAGCAUAUGAAAGAUCAUUCCGUUGGAAGCUUUCUCAAUUUCGCUUUUUGUGUCAAACGAAUGCAUUUCCUAAUCACAUUAAAAUUAGUGUUAGUAGACAAACGUUAUUUGAAGACUCUUAUCACCAAAUAAUGAAUGCAGAAGCUUUCGCUCUUAGACGUAGGUUGUAUAUACUUUUUAAAGGAGAAGAAGGUUUAGAUUAUGGUGGUGUAUCAAGAGAAUGGUUUUUUCUUCUAAGUCAUGAAGUUCUUAAUCCAAUGUAUUGUCUUUUUGAAUAUGCUAACAAAAGCAACUAUAGUCUACAAAUAAAUCCAGCAUCUUAUGUAAAUCCAGAUCAUUUAAAUUAUUUUAAAUUUAUUGGAAGAUUUAUAGCAAUGGCACUUUAUCACGGACGUUUUAUUUAUAGUGGAUUCACAAUGCCCUUCUACAAACGAAUGUUAAAUAAAAAAUUAAUAAUGAAAGAUAUUGAAUCCAUUGAUCCUGAAUUUUAUAAAUCACUUAUUUGGAUAAAGGAAAACAAUAUUGAUGAAUGUGGUCUUGAAUUAUAUCAUAGUGUUGAUUUUGAAAUUCUUGGUCAAGUAAUUCAUCAUGAAUUAAAAGAUGGUGGAGAUAAAAUUAAAGUUAUUGAAGACAAUAAAGAAGAAUAUUUAAGGCUAAUGACAGAAUGGCGAAUGACACGAGGCAUUGAAGAGCAAACCAAAGCUUUUUUGGAAGGAUUUAAUUCUGUUGUACCUUUAGAAUGGUUAAAGUAUUUUGAUGAACGAGAACUUGAACUUAUGUUGUGUGGUAUGCAAGAAAUCGAUGUGGAUGAUUGGCAAAGAAAUACCAUAUACAGACAUUAUACACGCAAUAGUAAGCAAGUAUUAUGGUUUUGGCAGUUUGUAAGAGCAGCAGAUAAUGAAAAACGGGCAAGAUUGUUGCAAUUUGUUACUGGAACAUGUCGAGUUCCUGUUGGUGGAUUUGCAGAAUUAAUGGGGAGUAAUGGUCCACAAAGAUUUUGCAUUGAGAAAGUUGGCAAGGAUACGUGGCUACCAAGAUCACACACGUGUUUUAACAGGCUUGAUUUACCACCUUAUAAAAGUUAUGAUCAACUGGUGGAGAAAUUGAAUUAUGCUAUCGAAGAAACUGAGGGCUUUGGUCAAGAGUAAGAACACCCAUCACUAACUGUGUAGAUUAAUAUUUUAAGUUUAAAUUUCUCAAAGCAAAAGGUUACUCUUUCAUUGUAAUUUGAACUUUGUAUUAUGUAAUAUAUUUCAAUUCUUGUGAAUUU